AUGGAACAGUCCAUUGCCUCAUGGGAGAGGUUUCUGGGGGAAAAUGAAAAGGUUGAGUUUGUCUGGCUGCAGUUUCUUUCCUACACGUCGAAUGCCCUCGUCCGCAUUGUCCCCCGAACCAAAUUUGGGGACAUGCUCAAUGAAGGACAGUUCCUUACCAUGACCAAGUCUAUCCUUCACCUCCUUCCUGGAGAUCGCCUUGCCGAGGGGGCCAGUCCCUCCGGUAAGCUCCACCUUCGUCCCGAUUUUAGCACGGCCUACUGCCAAGCUGGCUCGAAUGGCAGUCGCGCGGUUGUUGCCGUGGAUUGUGUAGACGAGAACGGGGUUCCAAUCGCGGAAUGUGCGCGGUCAAAAUUACGGGAGCUACACCAGAUCCUUAAGCGGGAGAUGGGAUGUGGCCUGUUGGUUGGGUUCGAGGUGGAGGUCAUGUUUCUACGACCCAGACAGGAAGGUGGAGUCACCACCGACUACGAGCCCGUGAAUUUGCAGCAUGCGUUUACUAGCAUGACUCCAGAAGAUCGUACCUAUCUCGGUCUGAUCGAGGCCGUUGCCCGAGCCUUGUCCACAGUCGGCAUCGCCUUGGAGCAGUUCCACGCCGAGGCAGGCCCUGGUCAAUGGGAAUUCGUGCUACCACCCGCAGAGCCACUGCGGGCGAUUGACAUAUUGCUACGGGCUCGCGAGACUAUCAUGAAUGUCGCCCAAACAUUCGGAUUACGAGCGACGGUCUCAACACAACCCAUUCCUGAGCAAGCGUGCAACGGGGCCCACGUACAUUUGUCCGUCAACGCGCUGACCAAAGACAACAGUCUUGGGUCUGAGGACUUGGUACAGAAGGCAGAGUCCUUUUUUGCAGGAAUCGUGCGGCAUCUGCCUGCCAUCCUGGCCUUUUCACUGCCCAGCGACAUCAGCUAUGGGCGCAUCGCAACUGGGAUCUGGAGUGGAGGCGAGUAUGCCGCGUGGGGCUGGGAAAAUAAGGAGGUCGCGCUGCGGCGGAUUCAGAACAACCGGUUCGAAAUCAAAUUGGUGGAUGGCCUCGCGAACCCGUAUUUGGUAUUGUGUGCACUACUCAGCGCUGGGAUUAGCGGGAUGCGAGAAAAAUUACCGCUCACAGGAGGAAACUGUGCCAAGGCCGCCGCUCGCUUGUCCGCCGAGGAGCGAGAGGCCCUAGGAGUCAAAGAUCUGUUGCCCACCACGCUGGACGCAAGCAUGGCGGCCCUAGAAGGAGAUCGUCAGAUGCAAGAUGUGAUGGGACCGGUCAUUGUUUCGUCGUACCUCUCCUUGAAGAGAGGCGAGGCAGGGUUCCUUCGUGCGAUGGAUGACGAUCAGCGAAGGAUUUGGCUGAUUGCAAGAUACUAG